AACCCCAUUCCACUACCGCCCACUCUAUCACAGUAUAAGUUACGGCUAUAUGAUCGACAAAUAAUUCAAAUCAUUUCUGUAUAGAUAGUUGCGGUAGACGAAGACUUACCAGGUCUAUGGAAGGCGGUGGAUUGAGGACGAUGAGCAAGGCGGAGAUCGAUACAAGCGCCCCGUUCCGGUCGGUGAAGGAGGCGGUGAUGCUGUUCGGCGAGAGAGUUCUCGCCGGUGAAGUCUAUUCCAACAAGCUUCAAGAGAUGCAAGACGGAUCGUCGAGUGAAAACGACGGCGUUCCAUCAAGGCUGAGCAGCGUGACUGCGGAGCUAGAGGAGACAAAGCAAAGCCUGCAAAAGGCACAAGAGGAAAGCCUGGUAAUGGCGACGUGCCUGUCCUCUUUGCAGGAAGAGCUCCGGCGAACCAAGUCGGAGCUCCGGCAACUGAAACAACAUUCCGGAAAACAGGGCGAGGAGGAUUCCGAGAUUGAAGACCUAAAGUUCAUCGAGGACACCGAAGUGAAACAUGAAAACGUCGUGGAGUUCCAGAAGAAGAGAUACGUGACUUUCGCGAACCCGCCGGCUUAUUCUCGCCACGUCAUGGCGCCGCCGUCGAGCGAUGACGUCGUGCUGGAGCGGCACCCUUCCCUCAAGAAGAAGAAGAAGAAGCCAUUGAUCCCGCUUAUCGGGUUUUUCUCCAGGAAGAAGACUACUUAGAGAGCUUGAGAACGUAGUCUUGAGUCUUUUCACUGUUCUGACACUAUAUACUGUGCAAGUACGGCAUGCAUACAUGAUUACAUGAGAGCCUAUAUAUACACUUUUCAUAGUUAAUAAUGUGGUUUGGUUUUGAUCAAAUGUCAAUUUUAUAAAAUAGUGGCUUAAUUAGAGUGACGGCACAUAUAUAUGAGUGAGAUGUCUGUUUACUUUUUGGAUAAAUGCUUAAAUAUAAUGAAAUAUACUUUGGACAA